CCCGGCAGCUGAUAGACAAAAGAGAGAAAAUCAAAUUAGAUUCUGAGCUGAAAAAAGUAGGUUAUGUGGAAGGUUAAGGAUACAUUACAUAAAAAGUCAAGGGAGAUUAUUUUUUUCAUUCCGAAAAAGAGGGAUAUCUCUGGAAGUCAGUGGGGAGGAAAAGGUCCAUUGGAAAGCCACGUAGAACAGACUGUGAUACAGGCCUCGCUCUGGGAGGAAAAGAACAGCUUGAAUCAAAGCAGCACUAAACAAGGGAUCAUCCAUAGAUUUGACCUACUCAGGAAUAUCAGUUGUGGAAAAACUCCAUAGAUGUGCCUAUUGUGGGAAAGAGAGAACUUUAAAAUCACAGCUGAUUAUGCAUGAGAGGAUCCAGACUGGAGAGAAGCCAUACAAAUCCUCUCAGUGGGACAAAACCUUUGGUCAAAAUAGCUCUGUUGUGGUUCCUGGAAGGGCCCACACAAGAGAGAAGCCGUACAAGUACUCUCAAUGCAGUAAAUGCUUGAGGGAGUAUGGCAACUUGGUGAUACACCAGAAGACACACAGGAGACACAACCUUUUGAAUGUCCUGAUUGUGGGAAAAGUUUAAAUAAAAAUUUUGACCUCAUUAGCCACCAGAGGACUCACACAGGAAAGAAAACAUUUGGGUGUCCUGAUUGUUGGAAAAGUUUCACUCAGAAUUCCAUCCUGGUGAUAGAACAGAUGACUCACACAGGAGAGAAACCCUUUGAAUGCCCUAUAUGUGAGAAAAGUUUCAGUUGUAAUUCGAAUCUGGUGAAACACCAAAGGAUUCACACAGGAGAAAAACCCUUUAAAUGUCCCAUCUGUGGCAAAAGUUUCAGUCGUAAUUAUGAUCGGGUGAUACACCAAAGGACUCAUACCGGAGAAAAACCCUUUGAAUGUCCUGUCUGUGGGAAACGUUUCUGUUGUAAUUCUGACCUAAUUAAACACCAGAGGACUCACACAGGUGAGAAACCCUUUGAAUGUCCUGACUGUGGGAAAAGUUUCAGUCGUAAUUUCAACCUCGUGAGACACCAGAGGACUCACACAGGAGAGAAAACCUUUGAAUGUCCUGAUUGUGGGAAAAAUUUAAGUGAUAAUUCGAGCCUGGUGAUACACCAGAGGACUCACACAGGUGAGAAACCCUUUGAAUGUCCUGUCUGUGGCAAAAGUUUUAGUCAGAAUUGCAACCUAGUGAUACAUCAGAGGACUCACACAGGAGAAAAACCAUUUGAAUGUCCCAUCUGUGACAAAAGUUUCAGUCACUAUUUCAGACUCGUGAUACACCAGAGGAUUCACACUGGAGAGAAACCCUUUGAAUGCCCUAUAUGUGGGAAAUGUUUCCGUUGUAAUUCUGACCUAAUUAAACACCAGAGGACUCACAUAGGUGAGAAACCCUUUGAAUGUCCUGACUGUGGGAAAAGUUUCAGUCGUAAUUUCAACCUCAUGAGACACCAGAGGACUCACACAGGAGAGAAACCCUUUGAAUGUCCUGAUUGUGGGAAAAAUUUCAGUGAUAAUUCCAGCCUGGUGAUACAUCAGAUGACUCAUACAGGAGAGAAACCCUUUGAAUGUCCUUUCUGUGGCAAAAGUUUCAGGCAGAAUUCUGAUCUGGUAAUACACCUAAGGUCUCACACCGGAGAAAAACCCUUUGAAUGUCCUGUCUGUGGCAAAUGUUUCACUCGGAAUUCCACCCUAGUGGUACACCAGAGGACUCACACAGGAGAGAAACCAUUCAAAUGUCCUGUCUGUGGGAAAAAUUUUAGUGAUAAUUCCAGCCUGGUGAAACAUCAGAGGACUCACACAGGAGAGAAACCCUUUGAAUGUCCUAACUGUGGGAAAAGUUUCAGUCAGAAUUCUGAUCUGGUGAUACACCAAAGGAUUCACACCGGAGAAAAACCCUUUGAAUGUCCUGUCUGUGGCAGACGUUUCAGUCGGAAUUCCAACCUAGUGGUACAUCAGAGGACUCACACAGGAGAGAAAUCUUUCAAAUGUUCAAUCUGUGGAUGUUAUUUCAGGCAUAAAUCAUCCCUUAUUGCACACAAGGAAAUCCAUAUGAGGCAAAAGUAGAUAUGUUUAAAGAACGCUUGAAUUUCAUUGCAAUCUCCCAUUGAAAUUGUCGGUGAGAAAUUGACUAUUUGAAUUCUGACCUGAUUCUUUUUACUCAAACAUGUCUCAGGAUUAUACUUGUAGGUGGGAGGAAAAGGAAAGGGGAAAGGGUAACUAAUUGUUUCUGGUUUUCAGCAGCAGUUUCUGGAUAUUUCAUUUUUGCAGAAGUAGUGGAAUGCCUGAAAAAGACAUUUGGGUGAUGUGUUUGUAUAUUGAUUAUGGAAUUCCCACAUCUGGAGUUUCGUCUUCUACCUUAGUUUCCUCCAGAUUUGGGGCCUCAGAAUUCCCCAACGAGCAUAAAAGUUGUACUCAAGAUACAACUAUUAUGGACCUUGCAAUUAUGGUUGUGUGUUAUAACGGCCAUUAAGUGAGACUGCUUUAGUUAACUACCUGCAUCCCCCUGCUCUCCCUGAUGCAGCCAUUAAUUGAAUGUUAAGUUGCUAAGCGGAACACUGGCUACCUUAGGCCUGAGGAAAACUCUUGGAGGCCUAGAGCAGGGCCUGUCUUACCUGUCGCAGGCAUCCCUCGGCCUUCCUCCAAGACACCCUGUGCUCUGUUUCUCAACCCUUGUGUCGCCUCGGCCCUUCCCUCCUCUACACAGUCCCCCCAGUCCUUUCGCUCUCCCCCUCCCACACAGGAUCCCCACAGGUUUUUUUCACACUCCUACUGGGAGUGUCCUUAUGGUGGACUCCCACCCCACUAGGCCUCACACCCUCCACCUCCUUACCUCUGAUCCUCAUGUUGGGGAAGGGGAGGGACCCGCAUCCCUGGCCCUCAUGACUGUGUCCUGGAAGCAGUGAUCAUUUUCAGUGGGCUCUGAAUUUGUUCCUGGGCCAUGCAGUGGACUUGUGGAAGCGGCUGAUAUUUUGCCACACUGUUGCGCAGAAGAGUGACAACAAAUUUCUCUGUUUUGCUACCUUAACAUGAGGGGAAAAAAUGUACAGUAUUGAAAAAUGAUUCUUUUUAAAAAUGCAUUAAGUCAGAAUUAUCAGUAGCUUUGACAAGGGGAAAAAAUGGGUAUUGUCGCUGUUGCUAUGACCGUUACGGUAAGGCAAGUUGCUCGGAGUUGCCUCAAACUGUGAAUUGGGUAGCAAUUAAUAAUUUAAUAAUAGUUUAAUAAUAAAUUAAUUUAAUAAUAAAUGUAAAGUAAUGUAAAGCCCAUUUCCCAACUCUUGCUCAGUGAUAAGGACUCCACACAUAGUGGAUUUCUAACACAAUUGUUAAUUUGUAACCUAUCCUUUGUGCAUUCCACAUCUCUAUGACCAAUCUGUCUUCCUCAGCUUCCCUUGCCUCUUCAUUAUAAAUCGAUAAUUUGUUUCAGUCGUACAUCAGCCUAGCCACUCUGUGCCUCUGAUGAUGGGAGCUGCAAUUAGGCUUUUGCCUCUUAAUUUAUUUGUUGCAUUGCUAUCUGUCCCAGUCCUAAAUUCUAUGAAAGAAUGACAUUUCAUUAGGCACAGUUAAAAAAUUUGAGUGGCUAAACUGAAUCUGUUUUGAUUGGCAUUCUUCUCAGAUUCAAGGAUGGUCUUUCUCCAUCAGUGCCAGUCUGAGCGAUGGACAGUAGGACAUUUGAAACUGGACAACUAAGCUAUGCUUUUCCUUUUAACUUUACAACCGCUAAAGCAGUGAUUGGUUGCACCAUUGGAUUUGUAGGAUUUUGAAAAUCAUAGAAUUAGAGGAUCAAUCUGACUUCCCUAAUGAUUCUCUGAAUUCUGAACCAGAUUCAUCAUAUAACUUGAGGUCACCAUAGAUGGAGACAAUGAGUAGACACAAAUGUUUCAGAAAGUCUAGGGAUGAAUUUCUAUAACAUAAGAAGAACUUGGCUGAGCAAUUUGAAAGCUGGUCGUGAGUGUGGCACUUGGGGUAUUUGAAGGUGCCUGUGCCCUCUUUUUGGUUCUUCUGGGCUCUGGACUCCCUGGUUUUAUUCCUUCUUUUAAAAGAUUGAGAAUUUCACAAGUUAUUCCCAAGCUAGAGCUUCAGCCAGAAUGGGUUUGUUGAAAACAGAUCAUGCCAGAGAAACAUCAUUGCCAUUUUUUAUAAAGUAACUAAACUAGUGAAUUUGUAAAAUGUUGUGGAGAUAAUAUACUUGGACGUCAGCAAGACAUUUGACAAAGUAGACAACAACUUAACUUCUUGGUAAGAUAGAACAAUGUGGGAUAGAGAGAAACAGCACCAGGUGGAUUCACAAUUGACUGACAAACUGCACUCAGUUGAUAGUCCUCAAUGAACUACAUCUACAUGGAGAGAAGCAUGCAGUGGGGUACCUCAAGGUUUAGUCUUGGGCCCAAUACUCUUCAACAUUUACUCGUUUAGUAACCAUUUCAGGUUAUGAUGGUAUAAACAAUUUUUUUUUGGCUAACAA